UGGAAACCAGCAGCGUCGUUCCGAAUAGGCGGAAACAUCGUCCACACCACUUCAUAUCCAGGCAGUGGCAUCCUCAUGGCAGCGGCCCUGAAGGAAACCCUUAAUAUCAAGGAAGCAGUGCUGGAACCAAGGGAUACCCUGACGACUCCAUCCAUGUCAGCUGCAGAACUGCAUCGGUUCGUCGAAAAACUGAAGUUCGCCUUUGCCCAGAGAUCUGAGAUUAGACGAGAAAAUUUUGGCCCACACGAGCAAAAAAAACUCUUUUCGCAAAUAAAGGAGAACUUCUACAAGAAAUUCAAGCGAGAUUCUGUCCUUCCUACAUACGCUGAUUAUGGGGGAAGAUAUCCAAUGCUCUACGACUUCGUUGGAACCCAUCUGUUGAUUCGAGACCCCCAUGACAACGCGAUAUCAAUCACAGCAAGCCUCAACACUGAAUUUGGCAGCAUCGAGUUGCUUCACCCGGGAGUCUUCUUUGUGAACAACUACAUUGCUGCGCUCUUUCGGUAUGAUAUGGGCCUCAAUCCUUGGCCUAAGUUGCCACCGAACCAUGUGUUGAAGCUAGGGAGGCCGGCAUUCACAUCCAUGGUGCCCACCAUCAUCGCCAGAAAAGACGGCAAUGUCAACAAGCUGAUCGCUGUGCUGGGCUCCACAGGCGGCCUUGACAGCAUCUCGACGUUGGCUCAGAGCGGUGACCCCGGGUCUUGGCUCGAGACGUUCGACAAAGGAGUCAAGCUACAUCAAGUGGAAGUCAAGCUACGCCACGUCGAUUUUUCAUCGGAAAACACGGCCACGUCUUCGUUCGAAAAUUCAAAGUGCUAG